CCCACCGUGAUGGCGGCAACCCACCCGCCCCCGCCCCGCCUCAAGAUGGCGGCGGUGAGGGGUGCGGCAGUGUCAGGUGACCGCCCACCGCCCAAUCAGCGGCGCCUGCGCGGCGAAGAUGGCGGACGAUAAGGACCCGCUGCCCAAGCUGAAGGACCUCGCCUUCCUGAAGGACCAGCUGGAGAGCUUGCAGCGCAGGGUGGAGGACGAGGUCCACGCUGGUGUGGGGCAGGAUGGUUCCCUGCUGGCCUCGCCCUUUCUCAAAGGCUUCCUGGCGGGCUACCUGGUAGCCAGACUUCGCUUCUCGGCUGUCCUGGGAUUUGUGGCUGGGACCUGCACCGGGAUAUACGCUGCUCAGAACUACAGCGUUCCCAAUGUUGAAAAGACAGUCCGGGACUAUUUCAAUUCACUGAAAAAGGGUCGGGACUAGUGAAAAGCCCUUUGGCAGCAGCGAUUGUAGGAAUGGUACUCCUUAGUUACAGGUGCGGAAGUUCCUAGGGCUUUCAGAGGCACGUCACGUACAGCGUUCUUUUCCACUGGAAAAGGGCUUUACACCACUUCGUUGUGAGACACCAGUGGGUCUGGUUAUGGGUAUUUAUUAGAGCAUCGUGGCAGUGGAUUACUCUGCUAACUCACAGUGGCUUGGAAGCGCUGGUGGCUGACAGUUUGCCAGCUGCCUUUUCCCCUCAUCUCUCUCCCUGUGCCGCUGCAGACUGAAAGGACAUGCCUGGGACAUGCCAUCAUGCUCACCACCUGUACGCCCUUCCGCCAAGUGCGUGCUUUGCCUUAGGAACAUGCUUUGUGUGGCUUCCUGGGGAGGCUUGUAGUUCUCUUCCUAAUGAAAGACAAAACCAUUCUCUUCUGCAGCAUCAUAAAUGUAGCAGGUGACAUCCUGUUUUAAUCAGGCUCAUUAAAUUCAUGGUAUUUGGUCUCUUGAA